UACAUAGUACAUACCUGCAUUCCAUUUUGUUUACAUUCCAUUCCGUCGCCCCGCACUAUACGUACGUAUAGGCAGAAUAUCGUCAAUUCUGUGUACGUGAUCGUUUUUUAUCGUUUCCAAUUCCGUCCGUUCGUUUUUAAUCGCCGUUAUUUUAUACUCUUUUUUUUUUUUUUUAUGUCGUUUGUGAUCAUUGUUUAUAGAUACUAAAGAUACUUACAUAUAGCUCCCAGUACACGGACGAAUCAAAAUCGCGUCUGCAUGUUUAAUUUAACGGCAACCACCAUAGUGGUCAUCGCAGCUCCAGCCAGCCAACCGUCCCUAGAGUAAUGUUCUCAAAGAAAAAGAAAAAACCUCAAAUAUCUUCACCGACAAAUUUUGAACACAGAGUGCAUACUGGCUUUGAUAAACGUGAAGGUAAAUUUAUAGGUUUGCCUUUACAAUGGGCAAGCAUUGUUGGUAACAAUCAAAUACUUAAGAGCACCAAUAGACCAUUACCUCUUGUGGAUCCAUCAGAAAUUACUCCUACAGAAAUAUUAGAUUUAAAAACUAUUGUGCGUGGAGAAAAUAAUUUAAAAAUCAAUAAUAACCCCGUUAACAUUCGAAAUAAUGAACCAGCUGGACUUCCAAAAACAUCUAAUGUUGCACGUUCAAACUCAUUACGUUCCUCAAGUCCACCACGUAUUCGAAGGCAACAUCCAAAUGUACCACCACCGUUGCCAGAAAAUGAAGUGUUAGUAAUGAACCAGAGUUUGGUACCACAACAUUUACCACAAUAUCCAACACCUAAUAAUACUCAAACAAAACUUGAUUACAGCAAUAAAUUUAUAAAACCAGGAGGUUCAGAAUGGCCCUCUCAAGAAACGCCGGUAUCACGAAUAAAUCAGAACAAUACUCCUACAGGUCAAACAAUUAUACCAGAUCAAGGGGGAUCUCAUUCAUAUCAUUCCAUGCAAAAUGGAAAUAUCCCCCCAAUAUUUUCUAAUGGCUCAGCAGUUGACUCUCCAUCUGGAAGUCAAACAUCUCAAGCCAAUACUCCCGUGCCACCAAAUCGUACCCAUCCUGUUAUUAACAAUGCCCAGAUUGUUAGUACAAACAAGGGUAUUGCUCAAAGUCAUACUCGAAAUCAAGAUCAGAACCAAAAUAUUAAAUCAACCACAAAUGGUAUAUCAACAGCUAGUACAAUGUCAAUUCCUAGUAUAGCUACAAAACAACACCAUGAGCAACAACGCAUUACACAUGAACAAUUUAGGGCAGCUCUUCAACUUGUCGUUAGUCCUGGAGAUCCUCGUGAAAAUUUAGAUAGUUUCAAAAAAAUUGGUGAAGGGUCAACAGGUACCGUUUGCAUAGCUACUGAUCGAAUGACUGGUCGUAAAGUGGCUGUAAAAAAAAUGGAUUUGAGAAAGCAACAACGGAGAGAAUUGUUGUUCAAUGAAGUUGUCAUAAUGCGUGAUUAUCACCAUGCAAAUAUUGUUGAUAUGUAUGACAGUUUUUUGGUUGGUGACGAAUUAUGGGUUGUAAUGGAAUAUUUAGAAGGUGGAGCACUUACUGACAUGGUUACACAUACUAGAAUGGACGAAGAACAGAUUGCUACUGUGUGCAAGCAAUGUUUGAAAGCAUUGGCAUAUUUGCAUUCUCAGGGAGUAAUACAUAGAGAUAUAAAAAGUGAUUCCAUACUUUUGACUACUGAUGGAAGAGUGAAAAUUUCCGAUUUUGGUUUUUGUGCUCAAGUAUCUCAAGAAUUACCUAAAAGAAAAUCAUUAGUUGGAACACCUUACUGGAUGUCCCCAGAAGUGAUAUCACGUUUACCAUAUGGGCCAGAAGUUGAUAUAUGGUCGUUGGGUAUUAUGGUUAUUGAAAUGGUUGAUGGUGAACCACCUUUCUUUAAUGAGCCACCUCUUCAAGCUAUGAGAAGAAUACGUGAUAUGCCACCACCAAAACUUAAAAAUUCUAAUAAAAUAUCACCCAGACUACAGGGCUUCUUAGAAAGGUUAUUGGUCAGAGAUCCAGCACAAAGAGCAACUGCAGCUGAACUUCUACAACAUCCAUUCUUAAGACUAGCUGGUCCUCCUUCACUGCUAGUGCCAUUAAUACGAGGAUCCAGACAUAGCAAUUGUUAAAAGGUAAACGACUCAUUGUUUGUUUGUGCAAUUUUUGUUAUUUAUUCAAUAUUAUUACAUUACUUUUAAUUUUAUAACAAUUUUUUUUUUC